AUGCCUAGCUCACGAUACUCCGCAACAUUUCUGGCUAUGCUCACAACGAAGUUCCAUCGCCCCGUCAAGGGAGCUGAAGCCUCAUGCAUGAUUGAGGAUAAGACCGUUCUCCGCCAGCUCGGACUCCCCACCCUGAUGACCGACAAAUUCAAGCCCCCCGACCUCUCGUUCACUCAGGUCCAACUGCUCAAGUUGUUCAUCGAAGUGGUGAUGAAGAGACCGGACAACGAGAAGAUCAAAUUCAUCCUCCACGGCGAAGACUUCACGGCCGAACGCGAGGUCUACAGCACUUGGUUCCGCGACCGACUUGCGGGAAGGAUCAACGCGCUGGUCGAAACAGCCAUGCACGAAUCUGGCUAUCAUCCUCAGGUCCUCCUGGCCACGCAGGAGUCGGACGAUUUCCCGCUGACCAACUUGCUUGUGAGCACCUGCCUCGUCCCCGUCGCCAUCGAAAUGUUCGGGGAUGUGGUCAUGAGCGGCGACGUCCUCAUUGACAACGCGAUCGCGGGGAACUUCAAGACCUUGCUGGUCCACAAUGUCUCACGUAUGUCCAAGGCGCAUGUGCGAGCGAAGGCCACGAUCGAUAAGAAGGUCGAGGUGAUGCAUAAGGCGCUGAAAGCUGUUGACGAAGCGGGGGAACAGGGAGCCUCGCUGGCAUCGAUUCGUGCUGCGAUGCAAGCGAGUAAAGACGUUGAACGCCUGGCCGCCUGGUAUCCAAACAUGCAGCUAGAGGCGGAGGAGAACAUCGUCAGGCUCAAGGAGGCGGUUCGUAGCGCCUUGAAGCGCCCCAAGAACGACUUCGACGCUCCUGUUCGUUCGAGAAAGCCCAAGGCCAACCAAAAGAUGGAAGUCGCUCGCACGAAGGGCCGCAAGAUCAUGAUCUCGCAAGCGGAGAUGGCAAACGAGUUGGAAGUUGCCCGGACGAUGCAGGCCAUCGCGACUCACCUCGAGCACUCGGGCGACAUUGAGAAUUGUCCAACUGAGGCCGAACGCCACGCAUAUGUCAAAUUCUUGGAGGAGGGGGACUUGGGAGUCGAAGUAAUGUCGAAGAAGUCGUUCGAGGUACUGGCCGCCCUUCUCAGCUUCCCCGGAGGCCGCCCCGGCAACUGGAACGCCUACGUGCGCGAGGACGGCGUUACGGCGUGGCACCUCGGGCUGACACCCUCGAAUCCCUCCGUAACUCGACGAGGGCCUUCUCAAACUGACGUCGAAAUCACGCUGGACAUGUUUGCGACGGGAGGACCUGGGUUCAAGCCCAUAAGUCUGCUAUGGCACCAGCUCGUAGGCGUCGCGUCGAUCCUUUCGACGAUGUUUUUCGGGGAGAGAGUCACCUACGCGCCAAUGCCUGGCGUCCUCCUUGCAGACGGAGUGGGCGUUGGCAAAACGGCGCAAGUUAUGGCGACGAUCGCCUUUCUUCAGCAAGUUGAGCUCAUCGAGACGGUGGAUGAGGUGAGGGAUAGAGUGGGUCGCCCGCCUCUAAUACGGAAUAUGCCCUGGUUCAUGGGGAUAACGGAUAGCGUGCCGAACGAGCCCCACCUCAUCGUCGUUCCGUUAUCCCUCGUCGCGCAGUGGGCAGACGAACUGUACCGCUUCUUUUCGAGAGGCGCAAUCGAUAUAUUCCAGCUCCCCACCUCGUUCGCGGCCCUCGAGACGUUCUUCUCAGACCCUGAGGGUGCAUGGCAGCAAUCGAAGCAGAAAAUGGUCAAUCGUGUUGUCAUUUGCGCUCAUUCGACGUUUCAGAUGAUGGCAGGCGAGGUAUUCAACAUGAAGAAAGCCAAGGGGGCUUACCUUGACUGUCAGCGCCAGUUCCUCUCAGAGGACGUCAACAAACUCAUUUUCGGCGUACAAUGGUGCACCGCGUGGAUCGACGAGGCCCAUCUAUUUCGCGGCCCAACUCGCGGGCUUUUUGGGGCUUGCCAGCUGCACCAAUGCGCCCGCGUUACGCACGUCCUCACGGCCACUCCCCUCUUCACCAAGAUCCAGGAUAUAAUCAACAUGGGUCGCAUCUGCAACCACGAUGAAUUCGUGCUCUCGAAAGGCCAACUCCUCGAACGGGAGUUCAAUCGCAAUAUCAGGGCCGCCAAACGGGAGAUGAAGGACCAGGAGCCAGACGCGGGCCAGAGCAUAGGAGUGAGGAUGCUAUACGGCGAGGAGGUCGAAGACGACGACGGCGGAAUCGCGGUACGAUCCGCCCAGUACGGCGCAGUGAAGGUGGUCCAGGGGAAGUUCAUGCCGAACCUGAUACGACGGACGUUGAUGUCGGUGGACUUGGACGGAAAGCCUCUCAACACGAAGAUGCCUCCGAUCACGGAGCACACGCUAACGUUCAAGCUGAGCGACCGUGAAAUGGUGAACCUAGGACUCCUUGUGGACGAGUUGGAGUCGGCGGAGAGCGGAGUGCCCGCCAUCUUCAGUCGCGAGAGUUUCUUUCUCCCAUAUCGAUGCGGCAUUGGGUUCUGGAAGGCCACCAACGAAGACUGGCCGGUGUUUGACUUGGCAGGCAACUCGAAACUAGGCCAUUACGACGACAUAUCUAGCACGAAACUCGACCUGAUCGCGCGCAUCGUGCUGCAUCUACUCAGCCACGACCACAUCGAGCACCCCACAUUAGUCGACGGCCAAGUCGUAUUCCCAGCGCCCCCACCACUCGUUUUCGGCCAACGCGCUCCUCAAAAGCGCAAAAUCCUCAUCUAUCACGAAUUCAGCAUGAUGGCGACGACGAUCGAGACGGUAUUCCGAAUGAAGGGCUUUGGAGUCCUUGUACUCAACGGCCUCUUGAAGAAGGACGAACGCGAGCGAGUCAUCCAGAGUUUCGUGCACUCUGACGCACCCGAGCAUCGCGUGCUCCUCUUCUCGUCCGUUGGUGCCGUCGGGCUCAACUUAACAUGCGCAGACACUGUAAUCAUGCUCGAUACGAUCUGGUCGCAGGUGGGGACAGAGCAGAUCAUUGGGCGAUCUGCGCGUCUCACGCAAGAGAACGCUGUCCACGUCUACCACCUGCUCGCGCUUGGAACGACGGACGUCAUCAUGGCGCGCAUGGCCCGCCAGAAGGGCGAAAUGCUCAAGACUCUGCUCUCGAAGGAGAAGAACGAGAAACUCGAGGCGGUCUUCUACGGCAGGUCAAACAAGAACGCGGAGCAGGACAGUGAGCCAGAGGACGAUGACGACGACAGCGGGAAGAAGAAGAAGGCGAAGCCACCGCCAAAGACGCGCACUGCGAGGGGUGCUGCGAAGAAUGCGGCCUUGAAGUCGAUAUCGAGAUCGGUUACGCCCUCGACCUCACGGGCUUCCCAGACGCCCGGCGUGGAGACGGAGGGAGACGCUAUUGGGAGAGAAGCGCCAGUCGUAAACGAUGAAAGCCGUGACGACGCAGCUGAGGCGGGUAAGGGCAAAUCCAAGGCGAAAGCAAAGCCACCCGCAAAGCCUAAGGCGGCUGCAAAGCCACGACCCAAACCCAAGGCCAAAGGGAGGGUGAAAAGCGCAGCAGAGGUCAACGACGACGACGACGCUGGACCAUCCGAGCCGCCCACUGCAGAGGGGAGUGUGCCAAACGAUCCCAAAGACGCUGCUGGACCAUCCCGGCCGCCCACCGUUGGAGCGAGCACGCCCAACGAGAUGGGGAACACUGCUGGGCCUUCGCGGCCGCCCACUGCUGGGGCGAGCACUCCCAACGAGCCCAGCCACGCAGCUGGGCCUUCCUGGCCGCCCGCGGUUGGAGGGGGCAUUCCAAACCAGCCCAGCUCGCAUUCGUCGACAGCCCAAUCGUCUGGGAGCAUUGCGCGGCCUUCUGGGCAGCCCGCAGUGGCGACAGGGGCGAUGGACAUAGAUCCACCCGCUGGGCAGACAACAACGGAUGACGCAGGCGCAGCGCCACCUUCCCAGCAGGCCGUGUUGCUGAUGGGGCCAGGGAACGCAGGGCCCACUGCUGGAAUGCAGGGAAGAUCGCCGGCGGGAUGGAUUGCGACACAGCCUGCAACACAGAGGACGCCACUGGUGUCGCCAUCGCAAAGGGAGUUCGUGGAGAUCGAGGACGCGCUUCGACGGCCUUCCUCGCCGCCCACGGGUACGGAGGACGCGCCAAUGGACAUAGACGACUGGGAGGAACCCAAGAGCCGCAAGCGUUCAAGCAAGUCGAAACGUUCGAAGGCCAGACAUGUCGACUCUCCUGGCUUUCGUCCCCCUUGGACGCAGGCAGACCCGACGACGCCACCACGGGCUGGAUCUAAGCAUAAACCACACUCGUCGCCAGAGAAAUCGCCACGAACUGAGAAGAGGCAGGCAAAGAUGGCGCGAAGAGAUGCAGAGAGGCGUCGACUCCCGGGGACUGACUCUGAGGACGACCUCGACAUCGGGGCGAUUGCAAGGAUCAAGCAAGAGGGGGAACCGUCGCGUGUUUCUUCGGUCGACAAACAGAGCGAAACCCGCGGGCCUCGAGCGCAUAGACGUCCCACAGCAGUCCCAGAUGACGGCGAAGACUUCACGUCGCUGAUAGCCGACUUGUCAGACUUGUCUGGCUCAGACCAACAGUCGUCGUCAGAUGAGGACCCCCUUGCGGCGAAACGAGUCCAUAUGUCACAGUCGGCGACGGCCCAACCCCGGGAACAUGUCCCCAAGGUCAAUCUCCCCCCUCCUCGUCCUCCUCGUGGCCGUGGAGGCGGUGGUCGCGCUCGUGGUCGCAAGUAG